AUGUCGGAUAUCGAAAUGUCGAGAUUUGCAGCCCAGACAGAGAAGCCAAACGAGGCUGAAGCGAGUACACGAGCGAAGCCCACUGCUCUCACAUGGGACAAUCAAAGCGACAAAGGUUGCAUAUCGCCUGUGAGGUCAUUCGAAGGCCUGCGAACACCAAAUCAUGAUUCGCCCAAGUACAUGCGACACCCCUCGUCGCCUGAAAGCUCAUCCUAUCUGCCGUCUCGUAUACAUUCCCCCGCCUCUCAGAUAUUCGAACGAGACGUGGAAGAUAUAGUGCCAGCGCAGGCGUCGCCUUCGAUCCCUACGCAUAUUCGAACCGAUAACUAUAUUCCACCGGUCCUAGAAGCAUCCUCGGCCGCGAUCACAGAUGACCACCUCGAUCCAGAUUCGGUCGAGAUUGUCACACAUAGCCUACAUCAGCCAGCAGGUGGUCCAUCGGGAGAGCAGUCAAUGUCGUCUUCCAGCAUUGAUCAUCUCUUGGGCCAGCUCGAUGGAGAUGAACUCACGUCCAGUUAUGGCGCACUGGACACGGCGGACGUACGUCGGCUGAGCUUUAUUUCCUUUGCCGACGUUGUCAACGCCGAGCAUGCAGAAACAAAUGAAGCUCAUGCUGGCUUAAUAUCUCGGGGGCGCCUAGCAGAUUUCAAUCAAUCUCCGUCUCCAUUGCGCUCUCCAUCUUCUUCGCGUGGACUCGGCACUUCGCCGCCAACAAGCCGUGCGACUUCCUUCAGAGGGCUUGAUAUGUCUCCUACUCGGUUCCCUACUUCUAGUGUUGCCCAAAGCCCAAUCUCGUCCAGUUUUGGGGGCGACCUCAAUAUAGAGACCAUGCGACAGGCUUUGAGAAAAACCGCUAGUGGAGACCUGGGCGUCACAAGCCGGGCCGUGAGUACCAUAGGGGAUGACCUGCUGGAUCGUACCAUUUAG